GUAUUUUCUGGUAGCAGGUCUGAAACAAAAUGGGUGACUGGCACAAGCCUGCUGAGAAAGCAGCUUAAAACAAUCUGAUUAGAAGUUCAAGCUGGGUCUGAAGAAAGUCGUGUUAGUACCGACAUGUAACUCGCUGUGGGACGUAGUUCAUUAUUAUAUAUUCACGGGAUGUUGUGCAAAUUUUAGGUUUUACUUCUGAGGUUUGUGACCUGCUGGUGACCCCUGUUGGGGGGCAGGGGGUUAAGAGGAGCCAUGGGUGUGGGCACACAGAUCCGGCUUUUGCUGUGGAAAAACUGGACAAUUCGUAAGAGACAGAAGAUUCGGUUCUUUGUUGAAAUGAUGUGGCCUGUCAUGCUCUUCAUUGGGCUGGUGUGGCUGAGGAAAGCUAACCCGCUCUACCGCCAACAUCAGUGCCAUUUUCCCAACAAAGCAAUGCCGUCUGCUGGAAUAUUGCCUUGGAUCCAGGGGAUUUUCUGCAAUGUAAACAACCCCUGCUUCCGAUACCCCACCCGCGGGGAGUCCCCAGGCCUCGUCUCCAACUACAACAACUCCAUACUGGCUCGCUUCUACGCGGAUGCUCAGGAGGUGCUCUUCAGCGCCCCAGAGUUUCAGCAGGUGGGCCGUCUGUGGAGGGAGCUGACGGCGAUGGGAACCUUUAUGGACACCCUUUGGACCAACCCCUCCCAGAUCGCUGGUCGCGGUCUGAAGAUAGAGGACAUACUGAAAGAUAACGAGACCCUCACCGCGUAUCUUCGGGGAGAGGUGGGCUUGACGGACUCCGUGGUGCACCAGCUGGUGAACGCCAAAGUGCGCCCCGAGCAGUUUGCGUACGGCGUGCCGGACCUGCGUCUGAAGGACAUCGCCUGCAGCCCGGCGCUGCUGCAGCGCUUCCUGGUCUUCCCCAGCGCGCAGGGGCUGCACGCCGUGCGCAACGCCGUGUGCUCGCUCUCUCCGCAGGGCCUGCAGGCCAUCGAGGACCAGCUCUACGCCAACGCCGACUUCUUCAAGCUCUUCCGCAUGCUGCCCCGGGUGCUGGACAGCCAGUCCUCCGGCAUCGACCUCGCCUUCUGGGGCCAAGCGCUCACCGACAUUUCUGGAAAACUGAGAGAGCUGGCAGGGCGGAGCAGCUUCAAGGACCUCCUCCGUGUCCUGGGCCCCAUUGUGCGGAGCAUGGAGAGCCCCUCGUUCAGCCAGCUGCUGAGUGUCAUCUCCGAGCUCUUCUGCGGGUACCCCGAGGGCUCGGGUUCGAGGGUGGCCUCCUACAACUGGUACGAAGACAACAACUACAAAGCCUUCCUGGGAAUCAACAGCACCAAGGGCCCGAGGAGCUACGCCUAUGACAAGACGGCCACCCACUUCUGCAAUGAGGUGAUGCGGAGCCUGGAGUCGGACCCCCUCACCAGGAUCGCGUGGAAUUCCGUCAAGCCUCUCCUGAUGGGAAAGAUCCUGUACACCCCCGACUCCCCAGCAGUGAGGCAGAUAUUAAAGAGUGCCAACACCACUCUGGAGGAGCUGGACAGGCUGAGGAACAUACUGAAGGCCUGGGAGGAGGUGGGCCCCCAGCUCUGGUCCUUCUUCCAGACCGGCAUUCAGAUGAAGAUGCUUCGAAAGGCAAUUAGGAACCCUAUAGUGAUGGAGUUCAUUGAUAAGAGCCUAGAGGAUACAGAGUUCUCCUCCCAACAUAUCCUCAACUUCCUGUACACUGGACCGCCCACUGGUCGCUCCUACAACAUGCCCAACUUUGACUGGAGGGACAUCUUUGAAAUGGCAGACCGGAUCCUCCACACGUUAAACCAGUAUGGAGAGUGUCUGACCCUGGACAAGUUUGUGGCCACCUCCGACGAGGACGAGAUGACCCACCAGGCCCUGCGCCUGCUGGAGGAGAACAAGUUCUGGGCGGGGCUUGUCUUCCUCGACACGCACCCCUGGAGCACCGAGGUGCCGGCCCACGUCAAGUUCAAGAUCCGGAUGGACAUCGACGCGGUGGAGCGCACCAAUAAGAUCAAAGACAGGUACUGGGACCCCGGACCCAGGGCGGACCCCGUGGACGACCUGCGCUACGUGUGGGGGGGCUUCGCCUACCUGCAGGACAUGGUCGAGCAAGGCGUGGUCAAGGCGCACACGGGCAGAGACUGGCCGCUCGGCAUCUAUCUGCAGCAGAUGCCUUACCCCUGCUACGUGGACGACCUGUUCAUGCUAACGCUGAACCGCUGCUUCCCCAUCUUCACGGUGCUGGCCUGGGUGUCCUCGGUCUCCAUGACGGUGAAGAGCAUCGUCCUGGAGAAAGAGCUGAGGCUGAAGGAGACGCUGAAGGCCAUGGGCGUGACCAACGGCGUCAUCUGGAGCGCCUGGUUUGUCGACAGCUUCCUGGUGAUGAGCGCCAGUACGGCCCUGCUCACCGCCAUCAUCAUGGGAGGGAAAGUGCUUACCUACAGCAACCCCAUCAUCCUCUUCCUGUUCCUACUUACCUUCACCGUGGCGACCAUCAUGCAGUGCUUCCUGAUGAGUGUGUUCUUUAACAAGGCCAACCUGGCGGCCGCUUGCAGCGGAAUCAUAUACUUCACCCUGUAUCUGCCACACAUCCUCUGUUUCGCCUGGCAGGAUCGUAUCACCAAGGAUAUGAAGAUCAUGGUGAGCUUGCUGUCCCCUGUUGCGUUUGGUUUUGGGACGGAGUACCUGUCUCGGUACGAGGAGCAGGGUCUGGGCCUGCAGUGGAACAACAUCCAAACCAGCCCCCUAGAGGGGGACGAAUUUUCCUUCAUCAUGUCUGUCCGCAUGAUGGUGUUCGACAUCUUUCUGUACGCCAUCCUCACUUGGUACCUUGAUAAUGUUUUUCCAGGCCAGUAUGGAAUCGGGCGGCCAUUUUAUUUUCCCCUCCAGCCGUCGUACUGGGCUAGGCUGGAGCCCUCACAGGACGCGCCCACAGAGCCGGAGUGCGUGAAGCCGGAGUUCCCAAGCUCCGGAACGCCGGAGGCCGAGGAGUGCGGCGGGAAGUCUCCCUCCGGACCCGGAUCCGACUCCAGGCUCUGCAAACACCAGGACAAGCGCCGGAAGAUGGAGAGAGAGAGAGAGGAGCAGCAGAGGAGACAGGAGGAGCACCAGAGGAGGAUGCAGGAGGCAGAGCAGUCAGGGAAGCCCUUCUUUGAGGCGGACCCUACAGGCCUAAACAUGGGUGUGUCUGUGCAGGACCUGGUCAAGGUGUUCAGCAGAAACUCGCCUCCAGCGGUGGACCAUCUGACCCUCACCUUCUACGAGGGGCAGAUCACCUCCUUCCUGGGGCAAAAUGGGGCGGGAAAGACCACCACCUUGUCUAUCCUGAUUGGUCUGUUCCCUCCCACGUCAGGAACUGCUUAUAUUAACGGAAAAGAUAUCCGCACAGACAUGGACACUAUUCGCCAGUCUCUGGGGAUGUGUCCCCAGCACAACAUCCUGUUCCACCAUCUGACCGUAGCGGAGCACAUCCUCUUCUACUCCCUGCUGAAAGGCAGAUCUUACCCCGAGGCCCUGCAGGAGGUGGAGAACAUGCUCAAAGACCUGGGGCUCCCUCACAAGAGAAACGACGAGGCUCAGAAUCUCUCUGGGGGUAUGCAGAGGAAGCUGUCUGUUGCCAUGGCGUUUGUGGGUGGUGCAAAGGUGGUCAUCCUGGAUGAGCCUACCUCUGGGGUUGAUCCCUACUCGAGACGGUCAAUCUGGGAUCUUCUGCUAAAGUAUCGCUCAGGCAGGACGGUCAUCCUGUCCACCCACCACAUGGACGAAGCUGACCUGCUCAGCGACCGCGUGGCCAUCAUCUCCAAGGGCCGCCUGCACUGCUGCGGCUCGCCGCUCUUCCUCAAGAACUGCCUGGGCGCCGGCUUCUACCUGACGCUGGUGCGGCGCAUGACCGACCAGAGGCGCGUGGCCGGGAAGGAGACUGAGUGUGACUGUACCUCAGAAUGCUCCUGCCAUUGUUCCAUCUGCAGCAAGUACAAAGAGGAAGUCCAGGCCCAGGCCAGCGCUCCCGAUCGACACAUGGACGGUGACCUGGAGAGCAUUAUCACCCUGAUCCACGACCACGUCCCCGAGGCCCGGCUCAUUGAGACCAUCGGCCAGGAGCUGACCUUCCUUCUGCCCAGCAAGGACUUCAGGCACCGGGCCUACGCCAGCAUGUUCAGAGAGCUGGAGGAGACGCUGGCCGACAUGGGCUUGAGCAGCUUCGGCGUGUCCGACACGUCACUGGAGGAGAUAUUCCUGAAAAUCACUGCUGACGAAGAGGGAACAUACGACAAAAAAUCCCCUGUUGCCGACGAAGCCAUGCAGGCCAACUGCCAGAGAAGCCCCUGGCCUUCGGACAGCAGCGGCGGGAAAGGCUCCAGGCAGGUCAGGGGUCUCUGUCUGGUCAUCAAGCAGUUCUUCGCCCUGUUGACCAAGAGGAUGCACCACGCCAUGCGCAGCCACAAGGACUUCCUCGCUCAGAUUGUGUUGCCUGCAGCUUUUGUCCUUUUGUCCAUGGUGUUCACAUUGGUCAUCCCCCCUUUUGGGGAGUACCCCAGUUUGACCCUCAGUCCCUGGAUGUACGGGCGACAGUUCACCUUCUUCAGUAAUGAGAGGACCUUGAAUGCGGAGAUGAGAUACUUUGGAGAUGUCCUGUUGAACAAGCCGGGGUUUGGAACUCGCUGCAUGGUGGAGGAGCCUCUGGAGGACUUCCCCUGCAAUAACAUUACCACAGCAUGGGAGAUGCCGUUGGUUUCCCCGGUGAUUGUGAGCAUGCUGGAGGAACCUGUGUGGACCGAACUAAACCCCUCCCCCGGCUGCCAGUGCAGCACUAAGACCAAGCUGACCAUGUUACCGGUCUGUCCUGGCGGAGCAGGUGGGCUCCCCCCGCCUCAGAGGAUUCAGUCUACUGGAGAUGUGAUAAUGGAUCUGACUGGCAGGAAUAUCUCAGAUUACUUGGUGAAGAGCUACCCCACCUUGAUUAAAUCCAGUUUAAAGAGCAAGUACUGGGUGAAUGAGCUAAGGUAUGGAGGCAUCUCUGUUGGAGGGCAGCUCCCUGUCCUCGAUGUGGACCCUAGAACCAUCCGGAGUGUUCUGACUGACAUGGGACGCUUGUUUAAUAUUACAGGGGGAAGGUACAGUGGGCUUGCUUUAAAAGACAUAGGACCUUUCUUGCGUUACAUGGAAAGUCAAUAUAAUAUCAAGGUGUGGUUCAACAAUAAGGGUUGGCAUGCCAUGGUAUCCUUCUUGAACGUGGCCAACAAUGCCAUCCUCAGAUCCAACCUGCCUCCCAAUGCCAAUCCGGCAGAGUAUGGCAUCACCACCAUCAACCAUCCCCUCAGCCUCACCAAGGAGCAGCUGGCUGAGGUCACAGUGCUGACCACAUCGGUGGAUGCAGUGGUGGCCAUCUGCGUGAUAUUCGCCAUGUCCUUCAUCCCUGCCAGUUUCGUGCUUUACUUGAUCCAGGAGAGGGUCACCAAGGCCAAGCACUUGCAGUUUGUCAGUGGUGUCAGCCCACUGGUCUACUGGACAUCUAAUUUCCUCUGGGACAUGAUUAAUUAUUCUAUCAGCACGGCGAUGGUUGUGGGGAUAUUCAUCGGCUUUGAUAAAAAGUGCUACACCUCAGCAGCCAAUCUUCCUGCUCUUGUUGCUCUGCUGUUGCUCUAUGGGUGGUCGGUGACGCCCAUGAUGUACCCCAUGUCCUACGCCUUUAACAUUCCCAGCACGGCCUACGUCUCGCUGUCCUGCAUCAAUCUGUUCAUCGGCCUCAAUAGCAGCGCCAUCACCUUCAUUUUGGAGCUCUUUGAGAACAAUCAGACCCUGCUGAAAUUUAAUGAGUUGCUGAAGAAGGGGCUGUUGAUUUUCCCUCAUUUCUGUCUGGGGCGGGGCCUGAUUGACAUGGCCAUGAACCAGGCGGUAACUGAAGUAUAUGCCCGAUUUGGGGAAGAGCACCACACUGAUCCAUUUCACUGGGAUUUUGUUGGGAAGAACCUGGCUUUCAUGGCUGUGGAGGGCUUUGUGUAUUUUACCUUUAACAUCCUAAUUCAGUACCGUUUCUUUCUUUAUCACUGGAUGCCAGAAUCCAAGAAGGAGCCUCUGUUGUGUGAAGAUGAAGAUGUAGCGCAGGAGAGAGAGAGGAUCUAUAGAGGAGGAAGCAACGUUGAUAUCCUGCAGAUUAAAGACUUGUCCAAGACAUACAUGGGUCAGAGACAGCCGGCAGUGGACAGGAUUUGUGUGGGAGUCCCCUCGGGCGAGUGCUUUGGCCUUCUGGGUGUCAAUGGGGCUGGGAAAACAACCACAUUCGAAAUGCUGACGGGUGACACGGAUGUUUCCUAUGGGGAUGCGACAGUUGCGGGUCACAGCAUUCUCACCAAUAUCCUGGACGUCCAUCAGAAUAUGGGCUACUGCCCACAGUUUGAUGCCAUUGAUGACCUGCUGACUGGCCGUGAGCACCUGUAUCUCUAUGCCCGUCUCCGAGGGGUGCCCGAAUCGGAGAUCAGCCGGGUUGCAGAAUGGGCAAUCAAGAAACUAGGCCUGUCUGAAUAUGCCAAGCGGAGUGCAGGGACCUACAGCGGGGGCAACAAGCGCAAACUGUCCACUGCCAUUGCCAUGAUAGGCUGUCCAGCCCUUGUGCUGCUGGACGAGCCAACCACAGGGAUGGACCCACACUCCCGCCGUUCCCUCUGGAACUCCAUCAUGAGUGUGAUUCAGGACGGGAGAGCCGUCGUCCUGACGUCUCACAGCAUGGAGGAGUGUGAAGCUCUCUGUACUCGUCUGGCCAUCAUGGUCAAUGGAACCUUUAAGUGUCUAGGGACCAUCCAACACCUCAAAUACAAGUUUGGGGACGGCUACGUGGUAAGCAUGAAAAUCAGAGCAGCCAGUCCAGGGGUGGCCCCGGACCUGAACCCGGUCGAGACCUUCCUGGAGCGGAGCUUUCCGGGCUGCGUGCAGAGGGAGAAGCACUACAACACCCUGCAGUACGAGGUCGCCUCCUCCUCGCUCGCCCGCAUCUUCCAGCUGGUCCUGGCCAACAAGGAGAAGCUCAACAUCGAGGACUACUCCGUCUCCCAGACCACCCUGGACCAGGUGUUUGUGAACUUUGCCAAGCAACAGUCAGGAGAGGAUGACGUAAUUGUGCUGCACCCAAGGGCAGCGGGGGGACGGCGGGAUGUAAAGAUCACUCCAGAAAAGUGUCCUGGCAAGACAAAGACCAAGACCCGGUAACCUUCAGGGGCCACAGCUACUGGAUGUCACUUCUCUGUCAUAUCCACAGUGAAGGUUUUUGCACUGGAUGAAGAAACUGCCCCAAAACCAUCAUUUAGCUACAAAUUUGCAUCCCGCACAGAGGAAAAUGUAUUUGAAUAAACUGAUUCUCAAAACCGAUUUUGAUCUGAUAGAUCUUCAGUCAGUAUCAGCAAAUGCAUUUUUUAAAAUUAAAUUUAUUUAAAAAUAGUGCAAUACAAAUACAAAUUGUUCAAAAUAAAAUGCGUCUGCUGCAUUGUAAUGAACAGAAAUGUAUACAAUAUUUCCAAGACACCUAUUUUCUGGUUCUUUUAGCCUAACUUAGUAAUGUGUUUUGUAUUGUGUGUUUCUGUUUUCAUUUUUUAAUGUAUUUUGAGUGGCCUAUCAUUUUCAAGCCUCAAUUAAAAAUUGUAUAUGGUCAUUUGUGAGCAACUGAAAAUAUUUGAAUACCAAUCUCAGAAAGCAACAACUGUGAAUACACAUUCCAGAACUUUUAAAAAUAUAUAAUUUAUUUUCAACAGCAAUGUAU